AUGGAUAUCUCCCGUGCCGAGAAAGAGCAGGACGUGGUGGAAGCACAUGAUGCACCUCCAACUAACGACGUUGAUGAUGGCAGUGUGGCCGAGAUGUAUAAGGUCGACACAGUCCACACGGAUGAGGCGAUGAAGGUCCUGGCCGCAUAUACUGGAAAUCAGACUUGGACUCCCAAAGAAGAGAAGAAAGUCACGACUAAGAUUGAUAAGCGCCUGCUACCAAUCCUCGCGUUUACAUACGCAUUGACUUACUAUGACAAAACAAUGAUUUCUCAAGCAGCACUGUUCGGACUUCGCACAGAUCUCGUAUUGACCGGGAAUCGUUACUCCAUGGCAUCCGCUAUCUUCUUCUUGGGCUUCCUCUGCGGAGCGUACCCGGCUUCUCAAUUAGCCCAGCGAUUUGCGAUCGAAAGGGUCGCUGGCGGCCUGGUACUGCUCUGGGGAAUUUGCUUUCUUUUGACUGCUACAUGCUUCAACUGGCAGAGUCUGUAUGUCCAGCGAUUCUUCCUCGGAUUCUUCGAAGCCGGUGUCAGUCCUAUCUUUAUGCUUAUGGUCGGCCAAUUCUAUAAAAAGGAUGAGCAAGCAUUGAGAAUGGGUGUUUGGUACGCCGCAUCUGGGAUGAUCACACUCGUCUCUCCUCUUGUCAACUAUGGUCUCGGUCACAUCAGCGGUUCCCUGUCCCCUUGGCGAUACAUGUAUAUCGUUGGUGGCAUUGUUACUACUCUUUGGUCUGUAGUCGUUUAUCUUUUUAUGCCUCCUGAUCCAAUCCGUGCGAGAGGCUUCAACGAAAGAGAGAGGUAUAUUGCUGUUGCUCGCCUUCGAACAAAUAACAGCGGAGUGCGAAACACACACUUUAAGAAGCAACAUGUCCUGGAACUUUUCCGAGAUGAGAAAUUCUGGAUGAUCUUUGCCCAAGCUUUUUUGAGUAUGAUCGCUUCUGGACCGGUCAAUACAUUCAUGCCGAUCAUCAUUUCUGGAUUUGGCUAUAACACUCUUAACAGUCUUCUCCUGACCAUCCCAGCUGGAGCUUUUGGAGCUGUGAUUAUCCUUUCAACCACAUACACAUCCUACAAGUUCCGCAACACAAGGACGAUUGCGAUUUUGGGCUGUGAAAUCCUGGUAAUUAUUGCAUCAGUUCUGAUCUGGAAACUUCCUCGUCACUCGAGUGGCGGCUCAAAGGGUGGUCUCCUGUUUGCAGUGUACAUGAUGACAUCCUACAGUGGCGGCUGGGGCGUUAUCAUGGGGUUGUCGAUUGCCAACUCCGCUGGCUAUACCAAGAGAGUUGUCAGCUCAUCUGCCAUUCAUGUUGGGUAUUGUCUUGGUCAAUUUACCGCACCACUUUUGUUCAAGCCUAAGGAUGCGCCUGAAUACGCUCCUGGAUUCAUCGCAGUACUUGUAACUGCUGCAGCAUCGGCAGGCGUCAACGUCCUAUAUCGAUAUGUUUGUAUCUGGCACAACAGUCGUCGAGACCGCGCUGGCAUUCCUGAGGCUUAUGACCACGCAUAUGAAGAUGAUGUAACUGAUAAGAUGAAUCCACAAUUUAGAUACGUCUAUUAG